CAUCGAUAAAGCAACUGAGCGCAUGUAAACGCGCAAACCAAACCUGCAGCGCCUGGCGUGUGUUUGGUAGUAGCAAAUUUUCGUCUGUUCAGGGCAGUGACUCGCACGCCUCCUUGAUAAAUACCGCCGGGCACCCGUCCAGGACGGCCAUCCCGGAUCAAAACCCUCCUCGGUUUAGUUCCGGGCUGUCUCGAGACCAAUUGAUCGUCCGAACCCCGCCUUGCUCGACAUUGAUCACUUCGUCGCUGCCAAACUCGGUCCGUCCGCACCUCCCGAAACGAUCCCGUCACAGCAGUUCCCGAAAAUGGCCAAGACCGACGACCGGAGCUCACCGGCCAGCGAGGGCUCGGCCAAGGCCAGCUCCAAGCGCGCGCGCAAGCACGCUGACGAGACCAACGGCGCCGCCGAGCACUCCAAAAAGUCCAAGAGGCGCAAGGCCGCCAGCCACGCCGCCGCCCCCGCCGCCCCCAAUGCCGGCCUGUCCCACCGCCGGCUCAGCUUGACCAAGGCCGCCCGCGACCCCCGCGACGAGCCCCCUCCGCCUCCACCGCCCGCAAAGAUCGAUGAGUCCCGGUCGCCCAGCCCCGUCAUAGACUUUGACGGCCUGAGCAGGCCCAGCGUCGGAACCCGAGCCCGGCUCGACGAGACCCCUAAGCAGGCGGCGGAGCGUCUUGAGAAGAUGCGCGGCGCCGUCCGGACGCUGCUCGAGUGCGUCGGCGAGGACCCCGACCGCGAGGGUCUCCUGGCUACGCCGGAGCGGUACGCCAAGGCCCUACUGUUCUUCACCAAGGGCUACCAGCAGAACGUGAAGGACAUAAUCAACAACGCCAUCUUCCACGAGGGCCACAACGAGAUGGUCAUCAUCAAGGACAUUGAGAUCUUUAGCAUGUGCGAGCACCACCUGGUGCCGUUUACGGGCAAGAUGCACAUCGGAUACAUCCCGUCCAAUUCCGUCAUCGGCUUGUCGAAGCUCCCCCGCAUCGCCGAAAUGUUCAGUCGGCGGCUCCAAAUCCAGGAGCGCCUGACCAAGGAGGUGGCCAACGCCGUCAUGGAGAUCCUCAAGCCGCAGGGCGUCGCGGUCGUCAUGGAGUCGAGCCACCUGUGCAUGGUGAUGCGCGGCGUCGAGAAGUCGACGGCCACCACCAUCACCAGCUGCGUCCUGGGCUGCUUCGAGGGCCGCGAGCGCACUCGAAACGAGUUCCUGAACCUGAUUGGCGUCAACAGGUGCUAGUGAGCGGGGGAUGAGAGUUGCACGCAUUCCGUUAAUCUUGUUGUCAUGUCUCGUACUGGGAAGCGUUCUUUUUCUUUCCUUCAUUCAUCUCGGCGCAUUUUUGUUCAUAAGGGGAGUCUUCUCGAAUGGGGGCCAACCGUCCCCGAGCUCACAUCCCCUUUUUAUGAGGAACUUCUUAGGAGCCCCUCCUUGGAGAAGACUUGCUAGUUUGUUCACGGCGUUGGUGGUUUUUUUCUUGCUAUCGGGCGGAUUCUGGAUUUCAACAUCAUACACCCCGAAAAAACAGGGUUCGACGGAGUGAGGUGCGUGGGUCACAUUUUGCGGGCUUCAUCUGUUUUAUACCUUGCCGGGCUCAACGCCUCGCUUGCCUCUGGGCAUGUCACAUCUAGCGCUAUGGGUAGGAGCAUUCAAUUACAACAAUAUAUGGGCUGCUUCUGCUGUUGCGGGCUGCUGAAAACAUGACCUUGAUGCACAAUUUUGG